AACAGUCAGCGCUUGCGCCCGUUGCACAAUCCAGGCAAGGUCGUAGCUAGCUAGCAUUGCAAGGAGCCUCUCUCGCUAAAAAGAUGAUGUCCCUUGCCGCUCGUUCGGGGGCAUUUUCCCCAUACUUGCAGGCUACGAACUAUGCAGUUGCUGGACCCCUCAAAGCCCUUAUUCCAGGGGUGGUUGUAAAAGGAGAAAAAGUGUUGGUAGACACGAAGAAACCUUUCCUGACCCGCGAGUCCCUGAACGGUCAGAGUCCCAAGACUGGGCCUGCAGUAUCAGUUAGCAUAAAUGCAAAAGCUGCAGUCCGCUUCGCUCACACUGACAUCAAGGUGCCAGAUUUCUCUGAUUACCGUCGGCCUGAGUUGCUUGACCCCAAGAAAUCUUCUCAGGAGAGCAGCGAGUCCAGAAAAACCUUCUCCUACCUUGUCACCGGGGCCACAGCCGUGUUAGGUGUCUAUACAGCCAAGACCGUGGCCACACAGUUUAUCUCUUCCAUGAGUGCCUCAGCUGAUGUCCUGGCUAUGUCCAAGAUCGAGGUCAAGCUGGGAGAGAUCCCAGAGGGCAAGAAUAUGACCUUCAAGUGGAGGGGCAAGCCUCUGUUCAUCCGCCACCGGUCUGAGAAAGAGAUUGCCGCAGAGGAAGCUGUGGAUAUGGCUGAGCUUCGUGACCCCCAGCACGACAAGGACCGCGUCGCCAACCCAAAAUGGAUCAUAGUCAUCGGCGUGUGCACCCACCUGGGCUGUGUACCCAUCGCCAAUGCUGGUGACUAUGGUGGAUACUACUGCCCUUGCCAUGGCUCUCACUAUGAUGCCUCUGGCCGCAUCAGGAAAGGCCCAGCCCCACUCAACCUGGAGGUGCCCUACUAUGAGUUCCCAGAUGAGGACACAGUAAUUGUAGGCUAAAUUGUUGGACUGAGAUCACAUCAGUAUGUUCAGUAUGUUUCUGUCUGGCUCAUUAUUCCAUCCAUUAGCAGGCACAACCUCUGUUUCAGGGUGGUAUAAAUUAUUUAAAGUAAUAAAUGUACAUUUAAUCUGA